UUCUCCACAGAAGUUUAAGGUGUGGUGCAGCAGGGUGCAACGCUUCUGACAAAAGAUCCAGAACCGUCUUCCAUCAUGGCAUCUCUGUGGGACGACCUGGACAGCCUUGUGAAUUCUCCUACAUCCGUCCAGACUGGAGAGAGAGGAACCGUCAAGCCUGAAGCAAACUUUGAUGCAGAGGAGGAUGCUGCAGCUUUGAGGGAGGCCAUUGAAGGACUUGGCACUAAGGAGGACGUGGUGAUCGAAAUCUUGACACACAGAAGCAACGCUCAGAGGCAGCUCAUCUGUGAAGCUUAUCGAGGAGCCACCGGCAGAACGUUGGAGGAGGACCUGAAAGGGGACACCAGCGGCGACUUUGAGGACCUGCUGGUGGCGCUCAUCACCCCGCCGGCCGUGUACGACUGCCAUGAAGUGAUGCGGGCCAUGAAGGGAGCCGGUACUGAAGACAGCGUCUUGAUCGAAAUCUUCGCCUCCAGAUCCAACCAGCAAAUCAGAGCUCUAAAGGAAGUCUAUCUGAAAGAAACAGAAAAGGAGCUGACUCUCGACCUGAAGAGUGAAGUUUCUGGAGAUUUUGCAGACGCGCUGCUCCUUCUGGCUGAGGGUGCGAGGGCCGAAGACGCUGCAGCCGAUGUGGAGAAGGCCAAAGAAGACGCCAAGGUCCUUUACAGCGCCGGGGAGAAGAAGUGGGGCACCGAUGAGUCCAAGUUCAUCGACAUCCUCUGCCAGAGAAGCGUCCCUCAGCUUCGGCAGACUCUUGUUGAGUACAGGAACAUCAGUGGAAAGACUCUGCAGCAAAGCAUCGAGGGAGAGAUGUCAGGAGAGUUGGAGGAGCUGCUGGUGGCCGUUGUGAAAUGUGUGAAGAGCCUACCGGCUUAUUUUGCAGAACGCCUCCACAAGAGCAUGAAGGGUGGCGGCACUGACGAGUCCACUUUGAGCCGGAUCAUGGUGGCUCGCUCCGAGAUCGACCUCUUGGACAUCAGAGCCGAGUUCAAGAAGCUAUACGAGUACUCUCUGAUCUCUGCCAUUGCUUCAGAGGCGUCGGCUGAAUACGGUGAAUGCAUGAAGGCGCUCUGCGGAGGAGACGACUGACCUGGCGUCCACCACGGACCGAGAAGGACCCCUUCGUUUACUCUUCAGACCUUCUGUUCCUCUUGUUUAAUGUAUCUUCCGAGAGGAGAGGACAUCCAUACAGUUAGUUAAUGAUGCCAAAAAAAAUUGUUACAUUAAAAAAUGAAUGGAAGUGAAAAAAAAGUUAACAGGAAUAAGGUUAUAAUGCUUAAUAAACCAACUUGAAAGCUAA